AGGAACUAUUAAUAUCGGGCUGAAUUAACAAUUAACAAAUUUUAAGUUGAAUUUAUUUGAGUGAAAUGAAUUGUUAAUGAAAAUUGCAGGUUUAUUGUGAUCAGAUAUCCAGUUGUAAACUCCAGCUAAGAACUUCAAACUGCAAACUUAUAAUUUGCAACCUGCUAAUCCGAAAUCAUGGAAAACUGGUCCACAAACGCGAUCAUUAACUGGAAUCAUCAUGGAAUUAUGGAGUUGCCAAGUGAAUUGGAACAUUAUGGCAGUAGCGUGAGGGAAAUGCAUUUACAACAUAAUAGAAUUCAAACUUUGCCGCCAUGGAUCACGUAUUUAAGGAAUUUGAGUGCACUUUAUUUGGAUAAUAAUAAUUUGCGGGAUAUUCCGGAGGAAAUUGGCACCUUGUCGCACCUGACUGAUCUGAACUUAAGUAGUAACAGUUUGAGCAAACUUCCGCAAGAGAUCAAAUCUUUACACAGUUUGACGAAUUUAAUCAUUACUGAUAAUAACUUGACCAAUUUGCCCGGUAAGUAG